AGCUGACGGCGUGGCGAUGCCGCUGCUCGGAGCAGCGCUGCCUGCAGUCGACGUUCGCGACGACGUCGCUUGCGGCCACGGUGCGCGAGGGCGGUCAGAUCGACGUGCGUCCGGACCCCGACUUCGUGGCGCGCGUGGCGGAGAUCGCGAUCGAGAAGAACAAGAACGCGAAGAAGGAAGAGAGCCAGCGCCAGCGCGAGAAGAACCAGAAGAGCCAGCAGCAGGCGGAGAAGCGAAGCGAGGCCGGCGAGGCGGGCGAGGCGAAGAAAACGAGCCGGCAGCCGCUGAGCGGCGAGGUGGAGGAAGCGACGAACGACGCGGAGCGGCGGAUCUUCGCGGUGCUGAACGCGGAGGGCAUCGCGCACACGACGUAUCACCACGAAGCCGCGCAGACCGUCGAGGACGUGGUGCGAUUCGUCGACGCGACCCUGGGACUGCCCACCAAAAACCUCUUCCUGAAGGCAGGGCAGCGGCGAACUCUCCACUCUAG